AUGGCCAGAGGGCCCACGCUGCCCGCAGCACCCACAGCAGGUGCUCAGCCUCUUCUGGGCCACGCCCUGACCCCUGUCCCCAAGGCAGCCACUCAACAUAGGCAGAGGCUCAAGGUCUACCUGCAGUCUCUCAAGAGGCAGCUUGCUGAUGCUCAGCAGGGCUUAGAGCUGCAGAACAGAGAGACAGAGGAGCUGAGCCUGCAGGUGCAGACUAUCAAGGCAGAGCUGGACUGCAACGUGCAGGAGAGUCAGCGCUUCCUGCAGAGGUAUAUGGAGAUCACUGACACCCAGAUCUCCAGUGCCAUGGAGGCUCUUUCACAAGCCCAGGAGAGCAGAGACCAGCUGUUGGUGCAAAGCUCCUCCCUCCAGGCUCUGCAGAGGGAGCUCGCCAGGACCAGCCUGCAGACAGACACCCAGCUCCUGCUCAGAGGCCCACAACUUAGCAGGCUGCUGAAAAGAUGUGAAGACUUCCAAGGCCCCGAGGCCUGUUCCUUCCCGCCCCAGGCUGAGGCCAGCCCCAGCCUACCCUACCACUACGUGGGCAUCUACUCCAUUUUCACCAGGUUCCUGACCCUAGUCAGCCUGGACCCUGAGACGGCUCACCAUAAUCUGUUUGUGUGUGGCUGCUACAAGAUGGUCUUGUUCCCGUGGGGCAGGAGAGUCCCCAGCGGAGAUGCCAGGGCCACAGGCUUCACGUCCCACAUGGCCAUCCUGAGCUCCCAGGCCUUUGAGGCCGGCCGACAUUCCUGGGUGGUGAAAAUCUCGGGCAAGGGCACCUGGGCCUUGGGAGUGUGCAAGGCUUCCUUCCCCAGACAUGCCCUGCAGCCCCCGUCCCCAAGCCUGGGCUGCUGGCACCUGGAGCAGCAUGUCGACUCUCCCCCGGACUCGGCUCACAGCCACGCUGACUUGGACAGGUAUAGGGACACCCUGUGCAUCGGUGUCUUCCUGGACUAUGAGCUUGGUGAGCUCUCCUUCUACCACAUGCCUCAGAGAGUCCACCUCGCCACCAUCUGUGACACCUUCGCUGGCAGCCUGCUGCCCUACUUCUCCGCUAGGCCUGAGUCCCCGGGCCUCUCCAUGACCAUCUUAACCCAGUAA